GCGUUGCGUAGAGAUGAAGCCAGAGCGGCGCGCGCGAGCUGCACCGACACUUCAAACUGUCACUGAGGUAAUGCGCGAGGCACGCAGGAGGCAUUCAGCUUGCUCACUGAGAUACUGUGACUAAAACGGGAGACACAAGGCGGGAGACGGAUGGCAAACAGUUUUUUAGACAUUAUCGUUCUUUUUAGUGCUUGGACAUACCCGGCUCAUUUUGCCGUGCCUCUGAUUCCUCAUUAAGCCGACUUUCUCCACUCAGGAAUGUAACAACGGCACAACUACAACAGACUCCAUCCUUUUUCAGGGUAGUUGUUGCACUCAAAUUCUUUUUGCAAACUUGUGAAAACUGCGAGGGGAAACUGGCACAACGCCGCGCGCUGCUGCGUGUUCACUGGAAAUUUAUAUUUAAAGCCUCGCGCUCCGUGGAGGGUUGAGCAUCUGGGUAACCUAGAUUUAAGCAUUCCAAUAUAUUUGUUUUCUAAGCACUUGGUGAGAAUUAAUAGCGUUUUUAUUCGUAAUUUGAACUUUGGAAUAUUUAAAAUGUUAUAACUGAAUAAUUGUUACUCAGAUAGAUAUAAUUUAUAAAAUCACACUAUUACGCAGCUUUUUCAUAUUGCCAGUUCAAUCUAUUUGUGACACCAUUGCUCGCAUUUUUUCCCCCACUGGGCGUUUGGUUUGUUUGUUGUUUUAGUUUUAGUUUUUUCCUUUCACGUUAUCUGUCUUCGUUCAGAAGUUGAUAAUUUAGCGACAGAACCAUAAAAGAUAAUUUAUCAGAACCCUAAAUCAUAAUUUAAUAGAUGUAAUCUCCCUGACAUUUAAUUUUCUUUUUCAUGGCUGUCUUUUAAAUUAAAUUGCACGUUUCCAUAACUGUUCAAUAACGUUUAUUCCAAAUUUGACGCAAAGUAAUAAUGUAUCAACACUCGACGAGAUGUGACGUAACAAUGACUGACAGAAUCUUUUCGCAGUGAGCGAUGUAUUCAUUCGAUUAUACGUAAAAUCUUUUAAUUUCAAAAGAAUACAUUUUACUAAGUUAUUAGAAGAAGAAGAAGGAAAAUAAAACAGCUAAACGAAAUCAUUCAAUUUAUUCUGCUCACAUUUGGAUUACUAAUAGAGAAGGUUAAUCCACGUGUAUUCUCAGUUGCCGCCUUGUGGCAGUCAUGGCAAGCGCGUGCUUGGCGGGCACGAGUCUGCAUGGCCACAACAUCAGUGGCACUGGAGGCACAUCUUCACCGACUUGUAACCAGAGUAUGUUAAAACCCCCUCCGUACACCCCAGAAGCCACAGCAGCCUUUGCAACAGCCAUCACACUGAUGAUUAUUUUUACAAUUGUUGGCAAUAUUCUGGUCAUCAUCGCUGUUUUAACCAGCCGCUCGCUCAGAGGACCCCAGAAUCUCUUCUUGGUCUCCCUUGCAGCUGCAGACAUUUUGGUGGCCACUCUCAUCAUCCCAUUUUCACUGGCCAAUGAACUGAUGGGCUACUGGUAUUUCCGCACUGUAUGGUGUGAGAUUUACCUGGCGUUGGAUGUGUUGUUCUGCACUUCCUCUAUAGUACACCUGUGCGCCAUCAGUCUAGACCGCUACAUGUCUAUCUCACGUGUCACGUACGGCCCAAAGAGGACGCCCAAACGCAUCAAAUGUUCCAUUUUGGUGGUGUGGCUGAUCUCAGCAGUCAUCUCCUUCCCACCACUACUCUCCAUGAACAAGAACAAAGGGGUUUCAGGUGGGCUGCCACAGUGUGAGCUCAACAAUGAGCGCUGGUACAUCUUGUACUCAACUAUUGGUUCCUUCUUUGCUCCUUGUCUGAUUAUGAUCUUAGUCUACAUGCGGAUCUACCAGAUCGCCAAGCAGCGCACACGAUGUCCACCUGGGGAGCCCCGCAAAGAGGUCCCAGCCAAUGCCGCAACUCCUCAGCACAAGGUCCACAUGGAGGGUCUACAAAAUGGAAGAGGAGAUGAAACGCCCUCUACCUUGCAGAAAAAAAACAGGCCUCCGACUCUGGCUGUGUCCCAAGUGGACUCCACCGAGCAGGCGGCGAGCCCCCCAGUCUCCAAAAAACAUCUGCGACCCCCUUUGACAACCCUGACAUCGACCACAUCGUGCCCCUCCCCGUCUCCUUCAAAUUCAUCCGAAAUGGCUCCUUAUAAACCUAAAGAGGGGAAAAAGGCGAAGAAGACCAUGAAACAGCCUGACAACAAUAACGGAGAGAGCAUGAGCUCUGACUCAGACACUGAGCAAGGUGGGAGGGGGUUAGAGGUCCCCUGUACCCCGAGCAUGACACCCAGUGGCAUCCAUUCCCCCGCCACCAUCCAGAAAUACAGAGACAUGAUCGCCACCACCAAAGGGGCCAAAUUGGUGACCCGGAAGACGAAGCAGGAAGGAACACCCAACUCCGCACGGCGCAAAGCUAUGGUGAACCGAGAGAAGCGCUUCACCUUUGUGCUGGCGGUGGUUAUUGGCGUCUUUGUCAUCUGCUGGUUCCCUUUCUUCUUCUCGUACAGCCUACAAGCUGUGUGCCCAGAGAUGUGCGCCUUGCCAGAUCCGCUCUUUAAGUUCUUCUUCUGGAUCGGCUACUGCAACAGCUGCCUCAACCCGGUCAUCUACACCAUCUUCAACAAAGACUUCCGCAGAUCCUUCAAAAAGAUUCUCUGCAAGAACAUCAAAGGCACAUUCUUCUGAAGCUCCUGAAGUGAAUCAUCUCCUCAGACAACAACAACAACAACAACAACAAAACGGUUAUCCACAACACAGGCUUCAGAAAAAGACUAAAAGAAGCACAAUAACAGUGCUGUUGCAAUGUAAAUGAAGGGCCUUUUGUGCAGCCCGAUGAACUGAGGACACUUUUUUUUUGGGGGGUUCAGGUUACCACCUCAGGCACUGGAUUCCUGGUAUACAUGCUAUAAAAUGGACCUAAUCCAAAAAUAUUCACUGACAACGAAAAACCAAAGCUGAAAACAAAACGAAAAUUAUGAGGACUAUUGCACACCUUCUCUUAUCUCACCUUUCUAAAAACGCCAGGACUUGGGGACACUGCACAAAUGGAUUUCUCUAAGGACUUCAGAGGUACACCUGCCAUGGAAGGAAGCCUUUCUUUCUCUUUCCACCUUGGACAGGUUGGCAGCAGGCUUUACAAUUGAAAAAUGUUUAUUACAGGAAAUUUAGAUAUGUAUUCAUUUCGAAGGUCAUUUUCAUUUUUAUUAUGACAAGACUUUUUGCUUCAUCAAAACUUACUUUAGACUUUGGUAACUGUAUCAGAUGACACAAACACCUCCUGAUUUCACUGGGGGGUGCUGUUUCUGACUCAGUGCAGCACUUUGCUUUGUAUAAAAGAACAAAUGAUCAUUUGUUGGUGUACACUGGUCUACUGCACCCUAAAUGUCUGAACAUUCAGCAGGGUGAUACUUUGGGACUAAGGGCUGAUAGCAGUGAUGCUUUCUAUUUCGUUGGUCAUUGUCUUUUUGCUAAUGAUCCCUGUGUGUGUGUGUGUGUGUGAAAUGUAGUGAAUGGGUAUGCGUCGUGUCUGAUUGCCGUGUAUGUUUAGAAAUGUAUGCUGUGUGUGAGAGGGUGUGCGAAUGUUGUUGUGCAAAGUUUUCUGUGUGUAAUGGUGUGCGAGUUCACAUCCCUCCCCGAUUCCACUGGCACCAGUUCAACUAUAUAUGUAUGUGCUUGAUAAAUGUGACUGGUUUGCCAGAUCUGCCAGUGCUUAUGAUUCAGCUACUUCCCGUGCCAAUGCUUUUACAUGCUGCUAAACUCAUUUAAUAUCUUCUUAAACCAGAGUUUAUUUCAUAAGAAUUGUUCCAUUGCAGGUCCUUUUGAACUAAUAAUUUUGAGACAGUUAAGACAUGUUUUAGAGGAGAGGAGAGCUGUAAAUUAUUCUUAUGUAAAUGAUUUUGUAUUUAUUUAAUCUGCUAUUUCUUAUUGUUUCCCCCUAAUAUAUAUAUUCCACUUUUUUUUUUUUUUUUCCCAAGGGGAAAACAAUCAUGAGAUCGUUUCAGCUACAACACAAUAUAAAAAGCCUUCUACUGUACUUUUCUGGUAUGACUUUUGUAUGUGGCAGGACAUUGCAUUCAGGCUGCAUUCUCAUAAGCUUUGCAAUUGAUGAGAUCCUGGUAACUGUAUCCAUUUUGCCUCCUGGACUCCUCUUUCUUCAGUGUAAUGCUGUUGGUUUCCCACUGCUCUUGAAAAAUAAAACCGCUGAGCUGUGCGUGC